AUGCCAUGGAAAGCAUUGCCAUACCCGGAUCGAGCUCGCAAGCAAACACUCAGCGAGAAAUUCAACGUCACAGGGAUACCAUGUUUGAUCGUCCUCUCCUCAACCUGUGAAGUUCUGACUUCGGAAGGUGUUGCUGAAAUCAGCGCAAGCGGUGCUGAUGCUAUUCGACGAUGGUCGCAAGGUAAGGUUUUUCGAUCGAAUAUAAAAUAUUCGGUGACCUGGAAGAUGAUUUUACACUGCAAACAAUUUUCAUAA